UAAUAGUAAUCUUUAAAGCUGUUUAUUUUUCAGAUAUUGUAACUGUAUAAACACUUAUUACGUUAUUAGUAUCCCGAAUGAAGAGUUGAUAAUUAUUGAUAUAUUGUAUAUUUACCGUCGGAGAACAUGUCGGACAGUCAUCAAAGCUUAACCGACUCUGAAGAAGAGGAAGAAUUUGUAACUGAAAAGUUUGAUAACCCCAGUAUUAAGGGUGUGCUGAGUAAAUGGACUAAUUACAUACAUGGUUGGCAAGAUCGAUUUGUUUGUUGCCAAGAUGGCACGCUAUCAUACUACAGAGCUCAGGACGAGACGGCGUUUGGUUGCCGUGGUUCUAUUAGUCUGACUAAAGCUUCAACUGUGUGCCAUGAGUUUGAUCCGUGCCGAUUUGAUAUUGCAAUCAAUGACAGUGUUUGGUAUUUCCGUGCAGCAACUGAAAAUGAAAGACAGGAGUGGAUUGAAGUUAUUGAAGUCAACAAGGUGGAAGGAGAUAAUGUUAGUUUAAGAAGACAUGGCUCCUUAAUGUCACUUGGAAGUGCCCCUUCCAUCACUUCAAGCUCAUCCUUUAGAAAAGGAAGAGGCCUAAAGGAAAAGUUGAAUGAACUUGAAACUUUUCGUGAUAUUCUGGACAGACAAGUGGAUACUUUACAAGAUUAUUUUGAUGCUUGUGCUCAACAAAAUCAGGCCAAAGAUGAUCUUGAAAGUAAUGGAGAGGUUGGGGAGGAAGGAGAUGUUGCAACCAACUUACAAAAUCAUCUUUCGCUGAAAAGCAGCAUGUCAAGAGGUAUUGAUUUUAAAGGCGAGGCAAUCACAUUCAAAGCUACAACUAACGGGAUUCUUAACACGCUUUCUCAUUGCGUGGAGUUAAUAAAUAAAAGGGAAGAAGUUUGGCAAAGAAGGUUGGAUAAAGAGCGAGAAAGAAGAAAAAAAUCUGAGGAACAAUACAACUCCUCAUUGGCUGCCAUGAAAAAGAAUGCCUUUGUUGGAAGCCCAGAUUAUGUUGAAGGUCCACAAAGUGGACUUACUGAAGAAGAGUUUUAUGAUGCGGUGGAAGCAGAGCUGGAUAAACAGGAGCGAUUUACUCAGGAUAUUGAACAUUCGCGAUCGAUGAUUCGAGAAGCUGAAAAGCAGCCAAAGCGCCGUCACAAGCAUUCUGAUGAGCUUGAAAAGAAAAUUCAAAAUCAUCUUACCGAUUCAAUGAAACCUCCUGGGGCAGAUGGCGAUAUAUGGGAGCUUUUUGCAGAAGAAGGAGAAAUGAAGAUUUAUAGAAAGGAGUUGGUUGAAGAUGGUUUGAUUUGUGACCCUUUGAAGGCUGUCCACAGUAUUGGUAAUGUCACAGCACGUGAGAUGUGCCAUUACUUCUGGGAUACAGAUGUAAGGAUGGAGUGGGAAGGGACAAUUGAAAGUUUCCGUGUCAUUGAAGUUCCAGAAGAAUUCACAACCAUAAUCUACCAAACUCACAGAAGAGUCUGGCCAUCUGCUCAACGUGAUUGUUUGUAUCUUUCUUCCAUGGUGAAAGUGGAUAAUCCUCCCAGUGUAGGAGACAAAAUACCCCACGACACAUGGAUUGUUUGUAACUUCUCUGUUGAUCAUCCUGAAGCAAAUCCCGUCUCUGGAUGUGUGAGAGCACUCAUUGAAAUUGCUUUAAUUUGCCAGACUUUUAUAACCCCACCUAAAGAUGGUGGACCAAUCACAAGGGACUGUCUCCAGUGUGAUAUUAUUUAUGUUGCAAAUGUCAACCCAGGUGGAUGGGCACCUGCUUCUGUGUUACGCUCAAUUUACAAACGGGAAUAUCCAAAGUUUUUGCGCAGGUUUACUGCUUAUGUUCAAGACAAAACAAGAAAGUUAGAUAUUUUGUUCUAAGUUUUGAAUAGUGUUUUAGAUAUUUUUCAAUUAUUUAGCAUCAGAAUAGUAUGUAAACAUUUCAUUUAAUGCUCAUUUAAUGAUAUUGCUUUAGUGGCUCUAUGCAUAUGAACUAUGGAAUCUAAUAUAAUAAAGGAAAAUUAUUAAUUUGAAAAUGCAACCAUGUUAAAAUGGCCAUUUAUUUAUUUCAUUUGACCAUUAUUCAUUGUUUUCCUGUAUAUGGUAAUUCGACUACCAACACUAUUCAUUCUAUAUUGUAAAUAACAGAAAUACUUAAAUUAAAUAAUAUAUGGUGGCUGGAGUACAAAAGUUUCUCACAUUUAUUUCAUUAUAUGUAUGUAUACCUAAUAGACUUUAUUUAGCGUAAAUUAACAAUGGGGGUCUUUACAAUAUUGUAGAGCAUUCAGUAAUUCCUAAUUAUUAAUCUUCAUAACAAUGUUUUGUUUGUUUUGUGUGACAUUACAGAAACAUUACACACCCCUUGGACCUGACACCACUAUGGUUUAUGGAGGUCUGUUAAUAUUAUGUCAGUACACUUGACACACCUUUAUAGUUUGUGCUUUGUAUGUAACCCCAUUGAUCAUGCAAAUAAGUCCUUUACUAAAGUUAAGUUGUACAGUGUUGUUUACAUUACCUUAUUGGCUUCACAUAUUACCGGGAUGUUUAUAUAGUGAAAACUUUUCAUUGUAUAUAUUUGUUACCCUUCUCCCUUUUCUCGCAUUCAAUGCAAGCGUUUUGCAUCCAUUUAAAACUGUUUGUGACAUUUCUUUUUUUGAUUGUGGAAUGCCCACACGGAACAUUCACUGCAAGAAAUUCUUUACCGUUUGUGCUCUUAGCAAGGUACUUAAGAGCCUAUGUUAAACCUGAGUAAUUGUUUUUCUUUUUAUACUAAAUAUACUAAUGAAUGAUACCAUUUGUUUGUUCUGGCCAGUGUUAGUAAUUUUGGCUAAUGGUAAUACUCAUAUAAAUAAAUGAACUGGAGUUGACACAA